AUGGCUGCUACAGGGGCUUCCGGCGACGGAUUCAUCCGUGGGUUCUUCGAUGGAUGCAUCUCCGAUCCCGAUUCCGGUAUUAAUCGCCGUCCCUACCACAAGAAUUGCACCUGCGCUCUUCACAAAUCGCGAACCCAAUGUUCUCAUACUAGUACCACCGGUUGCAAUAACGUCUCCUAUCCGAUUCGCCGGACUUGGAGCGAAGGUUCAUUCACGAGAUUGAUUGCUUCGGCGGCUACGUAUGUUUCUCCUGGAUCAUCUCCGGCAUUGGCGACGGCGACGGCGACGGCGACGAACAGUCCUGUCUCUAAAGCCGCUGCAAAGGCGUAUCUAUUUCCUUAUAAUGAAGAAUAG